CAGUGUGGUAAAGAGCGAAAUAACUGUCCAAUCAAAUCAUUUGAAUCAUAUGAAAACUGCAUAUGGAGGAAUACUCAUGACAUUAGUCGAUAUUUGUGGAUCUCUCGUAAUAGCUUCAAAAGGAUUGAAUUAUUCCUCCGGUGUUAGUACAAAUAUCAAUAUUUCAUUUACAAAUACUACAAAAAAAGGAGAUGUUUUAUUCAUAGAAGCAGAAUGUAUAAAGUUUGGCAAGGCUAUGGGAUUUGCUGAUAUAAAAAUAUAUAACAAAGAUACUAGAAAGCUAAUAGCUCAAGGUCAACAUAUUAAAUAUAUUGCGAUCACAUUAAGACAAUCAGAAUCAAAACGAGCAAAAAUUUAA